AUGACCGUCACCUACACGGCGCGGGUGGCCAAUGCCCGCUUCGGGGGCUUCUCCCAGCUGCUGCUGCUGUGGCGCGGGAGCAUCUACAAGCUGCUGUGGCGCGAGCUGCUCUGCUUCCUGGGGCUCUACAUGGCCCUGAGCUCCGCGUACCGCUUCCUCCUGGCCGAGGAGCAGAAGCGCUAUUUCGAGAAGCUUGUCAUUUACUGCGACCAGUACGCCAGCCUUAUUCCAGUGUCCUUCGUGCUCGGCUUCUACGUGACGCUGGUGGUGCACCGAUGGUGGGACCAGUACCUGUGCAUGCCCCUGCCCGACGCGCUCAUGUGCGCGGUGGCCGGCACGGUGCACGGGCGCGACGACCGGGGCCGCCUGUACCGGCGCACGCUCAUGCGCUACGCCGGGCUCUCGGCCGUGCUGAUCCUGCGCUCCGUCAGCACCGCCGUCUUCAAGCGCUUCCCCACCGUGGACCACGUAGUGGAGGCCGGAUUCAUGACCCGCGAGGAGCGCAAGAAGUUCGAGAACUUGAACUCUUCGUACAACAAGUACUGGGUGCCCUGCGUGUGGUUCUCCAGCCUGGCGGCGCAGGCGAGGAGAGAGGGUCGCAUCAGGGACAACAGCGCCCUGAAACUGCUCCUCGAGGAGCUGAACGUCUUUCGGGGCAAGUGCGGGAUGCUCUUCCACUACGACUGGAUCAGUGUACCCCUCGUCUACACCCAGGUAGUGACCAUCGCCGUGUACAGUUACUUCCUGGCCUGCCUCAUCGGCCGCCAAUUCCUGGACCCGACCCUGGGCUACAAAGAGCACACCCUGGACCUGUGCGUUCCCAUUUUCACUUUACUGCAGUUCUUCUUCUACGUGGGCUGGCUCAAGGUGGCCGAACAGCUGAUCAACCCCUUCGGAGAGGAUGACGAUGACUUUGAGACCAACUUUCUGAUUGACCGCAACUUCCAGGUGUCCAUGCUGGCCGUGGAUGAAAUGUAUGACGACUUGGCCAUGCUGGAAAAGGAUUUGUACUGGGAUGCGACAGAAGCUCGCGCGCCCUACACAGCAGCCACCGCGUUCCUGCUGCAGCAGCCCUCCUUCCAGGGGUCCACUUUUGACAUUGCGUUGGCCAAGGAGGACAUGCAGUUCCAGCGGCUGGACGGCGGGGACGGCCCGCUGGGCGAGGCGCACGGGGACCUCCUGCAGCGCCUCCUGCCGGCCGGAGCGGGCGCCGCGGGCGGAGGCCUGCUGGGCCGGCGCCUGUCGCUGCUCCGACGCAAGAACAGCUGCGUGUCCGAGGCGUCCACGGCGGCCAGCUGCACGUGCGCGGGCCCGGCGGACGGCGGCGCCCCGGAAUGCGGCUGCGGAGAGCCGCUGCUGGACCCCAGCCUGCGGGAGGAGCCGGAGCCCGAGCCCCCCGCGGGUCCCGAGCCGCCUGGCCCCAUGCUGGGCCCUGCAGUGGAACCCUUCACCACAGUGUCCAUUCCCGGGCCCCGGGCCCCCGCGCCGCCAUGGCUGCCCAGCCCCAUUGGAGAGGAGGAGGAGAGCCUGGCCUGA